AUGGAAACAGUGAGGAGAUUGGGGUCAGAAAAGCCAGUUGUGAUCUUCAGCAAGAGCAACUGCUGCAUUUCCCAUGCUAUCAAGAUGCUGAUAAGAAGCUUUGGGGCGAAUCCUACGGUUUAUGAGCUUGAUCAUCACCCGAAAGGAAGGGAUAUUGAGAAUGCAUUGCUAACAUUAGGAUGUAAUCCUAGUGUUCCUGCUGUUUUCAUAGGGAAGCUGUUUGUUGGCGGUUCCACUGAGGUUCUGAGCCUCAACAUUCGAGGCAAGUUGAAACCGUUGCUUAUCGAAGCCAACGCUAAAUGGAUGUGA